AUGAGUGAAACAAACAACAAUAACAAUAGUAAUAGCAUGAUGCUAGAGGUCAACAACAUCUUUAAUAGCUUUAUGAAUGAAAUGGAGGAAGAGUUCCAACUUAGACAGAAUAUUAAAAACUCAACCACCGUAAUCGACCAAACAGAGAGAAAGAUGAAUUUAAUCGUACAGAUGGCUCAUACACAGAAUAUCAAUAACUCUAAAGAAUUGUAUAAACAGAUAGUGGAACUUGCAACUUCACUUAAACCUACAUUCAAUGAAUUGAAAGCACUCAUAAAACCAUUCAACUAUUACAAGUAUCGUGAUCACUGGAAACGUCAUCUCACACAGAUCGUAUUUUGUCUUGCAUUUUCAUAUUGGCUCGAAUGUAAACAACUCCUAAAGAUCGAAGUGAUCCAAAAUCAUCUUGGUUUCGAAAGUACUGCCACCAAAGGUUCUAUCACCGUCGAAUUGGAAGAUUAUUUACUUGGUUUAUGUGAUGUUACAAAUGAAAUGUCAAGAUAUUGUGUAAACUGUGUAAUUAGACAAGAUUUUGAAACACCACUUCUCAUUUCAACAUUUGUUAACGAUCUCUAUGCAGGAUUCCGUUUAUUAAACCUAAAGAAUGACAUACUAAGAAAGAGAUUCGACUCGAUGAAAUAUGAUAUCAAAAAGUUAGAAGAGGUAGUCUAUGAUCUCUCUGUUAGAAAAUUGAUUCCAACUCAACAACAAAAACAACAAUAA